UUAUCAGAUAUAUAACAAAUUUUACUGGUUCACCCAUUCGGAUGGAUUAUCUCCAGCGUAACGUGAAGUCGCAUCAGUUUCUAUUUGUUUCUUGACGCAAGAGGAUUAAUGUACUGAAAUCUGGAUUCAUCAUGGAACUCACUCAAUAUAUACUUAUCGGCUGUGUGAUGCUAAUACCGUGUAGCGCUGACAUGAACAUCAAUAUUAAUCAACCAAAUGCUGACAUGUAUCAUCAACAAAGCACGGGAACCGGUCAGUUCGAAUAUGGUUAUCAUGUGAACACCGAAAGCAAUCAAUUUCAACACAAGGCCAAAGGUCCCGAUGGUGUAACUUACGGUUGUUACGGUUAUGUGGACCCAACCAACAAGAAACAAUCGGUGUACUAUGUAGCGGACCAAAGGGGCUAUAGAAUCAUUAUCCCAAAUCAAACCACGAAGAUAUUCGCUCGACGAGUUGCCGAUAGUUUAAACAAGUUGGAUGGAUCUCUCAAGGGUAAUGAUUACGACGAAAAGGUAGUAGCUUGGAACGAUUUGUAUAUGCCAGCUCCUUGCUUUCGUCUGGAAGAUACAUUGUCUUCAUCAGCUUCAUCGUUACAACAGCAAGGUUUGCGACCACCGAUCUCCCCAAGCUCAUCUUCUGUCCGCACAGACUAUCCGCAACAAGGAUCACCUAAACCAACACAGUACAAUAUCCCGACUACCGAAUCGCCUGCUGUCAACCAGGGUUUCCAGGGACAAGGACAGAUAAAUGAUUCUGAAAACGAUUUGAACUCCGAAAAUGAUCAAAAUUGGGCAGAUCUGUAUGAUAUUCGUACCAGUGCUCGGGAGAACAAAUCCCGAGGUCAAAGUGGCCCGCAACGGUUCGUCCCGCAACAGAAACAGCGAUCUUGAUAAAAUGUUUCAGUUUCGAGAAAACGAAUUAGGUUAUGACCAUAUCAUUACAGCUCCAUAUGUCUUGUUGAGAUUUUUGACGCAAAGCUUAUCAUGUUUAGUCCGACCCGUGAUAUAAAAAAGAGGUUUGAAUCCGAGUCAGGCCCGGAUUUGAGGGGGGCAAAGAGGGCAAAUGCUCCGGGCCUCCCGAUACAAGGGGCCCCCCUAGUCCUAGGGCGACCUUUUUUUUGCUCGUAACCUUCCAGAACGUUACCUCUCAAUGUUUUAAGAAAAGAGGGGCCUCACAAACAAAUUUGCCCCGCCUCCCCAGCUUCUAAAUCCGGCCCUGAUCCGAGUUAAAUUACUUUGUAAGACUCUAUCAUGUCGUUUUGACUCAAUUAAGCAGAGCCACAAUAUGUAUUCUCAAAGAUUUACUUUUUUCAUGUCAAGAAAAUCCCUCAAAUAUUAGGUUCAGUUAUAUUUUUUGCUUUAUAAUGCACCAAUAUUUUACUAGCUAAGAAUGCUGUUCAAGUUGAGAACAAAAACUUUAGAGCCGCAUUUCGGUUCGACUAUCAGCUCUACCGAACUCAGGAACUCCGUACUCAUAUAAACCGCGCUGUCAUCUUGUCACACAAUCUGGAACUUGCAGGAACAAGCAGAAGUGCAUCUUCAUCACUUUGCAGCUUCGUUCUCACCAGCCAGAAGUGGCCCUUCGCAGUUAACCAAGAUUUGUAUUUGAUGUGAUUAUUUCUGCCAUACAAUAACGAGGAUUACAAAAAGAUUAUGUUGUAAGCACUGCCAUGGAUAGUUGAAACAUGUUCAAUGUAAAAGCACUUUCCCGCUCCCGUACCGAGCAUCGUAUCGUACAACGCUGGCAAAUAUGCAUCAGACAAAGUUUGUUUCCUCGAGUGCAGUUCUAAGCACUUUCGGUUGGCCCUGUUGACUAUAAACGAGAACAGCGCACAGAUAUUCCGGCUGCCAUCGUUUUUGCAUCGCUGCGGAUGCAGGCGUGGCUGCCAUAUUUAGAUAAGUUGCAUAACGGCACACGCCACGCUGACACAGCGACAGCAUGCAACCAGACGCAUUUACAUACAUGUAGGGUAACAUUCGGAAUGUAACUUACAAACGUUAAAAAUUGCAUGGAAUGCUGCAACAUUUUCAGUUGAAGCAUAAAUUUCACUUUAAACGCUACCGGUUUUCGGCUGCGAAAGAAGUAACUUCUUGUUAUGGCGAAACAAAUAAUCACACCAACAA